GAUAGGCCCACCCUAACCCCUCCCACCACCACCCUCAGAUUACAGCAUUUUCAACUACCUCAGUCACAAGCGAAGUAAGAAAGGGUAGCCCCCCUUCCAAUUAACCCCACAAAAUUUGCUUUUCAUGUGGUUGUUAUAAAUUGCUUUUCAACAGCCGCAUUAACGCGUUAAAUCUAUACUUUGACUUCCAUUCUAAUGUGUCGACUAAGAAACAAACAAGGUACACGUGUCUAUUCACUCGGUGAAAUGUAAUCUGUGGUGUACGUUGUCAUAAUUGGGGUCAAUUAGACAAGCUUUCAGCAAAACAAAGUUCGGUGUGGAAAACUCGAGUCUACAGAAAGUUGACCAUGAAGCGUCUGGUAGUUCUGGGAGCAACAGGACCCUCGGGACAGGAAGUGGUCAAGCAGGCCCUCAGCGCUGGACAUCACGUGACAGCGGUGGUCAGAAACCCUGACAAACUGGACAGUGUCCAAAAUGAGAAUCUAAAGGUUAUUAAAGCAGAUGUAUUCUCAGCAAAAGACCUCUCGGAGCAUUUUCGGGGGCAGGAGGUGGUCAUGUCGUGUUUGGGAAAUAGAGACCGUGCGCCCGUCACUCUGUAUACGGAGUCCAUGAAAGCUAUAGUUGCCGCGAUGAGAGAGACGGGCCUCACCAGACUGAUAUGUAUAACGUCAUGGUGCACAGAAUCACGACCUGGCAACCCAUGGCUGAUAGAGUGGGUAAUCAAACCUCUCUUUAUUGGAAAAACUGUGGCCAAUAUGGCUGAAAUGGAACAUUACUUAUUCGAUACCUGCCAGGACAUCAACUUUACCAUAGUGAGGCCGCCUGGUCUCGGUACUGGACCAGUCUCAGAUUCCCCCAUUUUGACCCAUGAAGGAAUGCAUGUCCCUGGUGCACCUGGAGGUAGGAUGAACAGGGCAGAUGUCGCGCGGUUUAUGUUGUCACUGUUAGACACUUCAGAAUGGGACAGAAAGGCUGUAGCAGUACAAACUGGACCAAAGAGAUAAAACCCUGUCAGUGAAGAGGGUUAUGAUAAAAACUUUAAAAUUUUGACGAUCUUGAAAAUUUGUUGGAAGAGGAUUCUGUGCCGAUAUGUAUUUUUUUAACUUUGAAAAUUUUGUCAAACUUGAAAAUGGGCUUCUUGAUAAAUUUGAAAAGUUUGUCAAACAAUAUGUUAGUGUCGGAUUCAUCCAUUUUAAAAUAUGAAUUUUUAAGUGAUGAAAUUUUCAAGUUUUUACUGUAUGUUAUCUGCAAAGACAAGAUUACUCAAGAGUUCUUCACAAUGAUGAUAUAGAUUUCAGCAGGGGCAGUUAUUCAAGAGGGAACGAAGUGAUUUCCACCGUAACAAAUUACACAUCUCUUAAUAUUUUUUAAAUCUUAUUUUAGCAAAAUAAAUUUGCCCCGGUGGAGGUUUGAACUGUGCAAGUGGUCUCAGCUUAAUUGUGAUAUUGAAAGAGAGGAGAUAAUAAGAGGUCAUGUGAACUUCAUUGAUCUCACUAUACUGUGACAGCUGCUACUGAACAGAGGAUAAUUCAACAAAAAUCAAAUGAUAUACUGGUCAGGAGAAAAAAUUGGGCCUUUUUUUAGAACAAAUAAUGUAAGAUUUAAAUAUUACAUUAGUGAUGUUAAUCUCAUGUACAAUAUAAUCAGAUUUUGUACACUAUAAAACCUAAAUUUGCUUUUCAAUUCAAAACGGUUAUUUUAACAACUUACUCUUAAAGCAUUUUUGUCAUGUGACAUCUUAUUAAAAUGAAAACAUGUACAUGGAUUUUGUGAAAGAGAGAGGGGGGUGCAUUAGGAGAAAUAAAUUGACAUCCAAAUACA